CUACCUCCGUUACGACGCGUGAACCAUCGUAUCCCUAUCAUUGACAAGGAUAAACGAUAUCCAUUUCGCGCUUCCCGUUGUCCUGAAGGGUUCCGGGAGCAGUGGAACACCAAGCGCGACAUUUUCUUGAACUCCGGACGAUGGGAGUACGCGAGCGGGACGAACGCUGUGCCAAUCAUGUUCUUGAGCAAACCAUCCGGAGGAAUGCGCAACACGGUCGACUUACGGGCGCGGAAUGACAAUACUCGCAAAAUGUCGUCGCCCUUGCCCGAUCAGGAUGCCAUCCGGCGUCGGGUGGCGGCCAGUCGCUAUUUUACGGCGAUGGACGUGGAGGGCGCGUACGAGCAGGUGCGCGUGGAGCCUGAAGAUGUGCCGUACACUUUAAUGGCAACUCCUGAUGGAACAAUGGUUAGUCACGUCCUUCAGCAGGGG